AUAUCUGCCCAAACGCUUACACGAGCGGCUGCACUCACACGAGUCUUGGGUCAGUCAGGUCGUCGCUACUUCGUCGAACGUAUUCUUCAAGAGAAACCUGGGAACCAGGGGCGCAUGUAUCUCGCGACGGAAGUUGACCCAAACCACAAGUACGUCUUGAAAAGUGUUGCGCCACGCGAUUUCGAAUACCUCAAGGAUAUGUUCAACGACCUCCGGAGCUCACACUACCUACGCGUAUCUGACGAUGCUUGCCCCGACGAAUCCGUAUUUGUGUACAAAAUAUCUUCGAGAUACCUUCUGUCUUUUGUCCAAAAUGACGUCCCGCUUAAAGUUGUAGAAGUAGAACGAAAACAUGUCAACGACAUCUUCAAGAAAUCCAUCUCCAUUCAAAAUCUGUUUCUUCACAAAGAUAGUGAUGACUCUGGCUGAAUCAACCCUGUCAUCGUUGGGCCUCUGUCCAUGUAGCCAUUGGGGAUAAGUUGUCGGGUCGUCCUUUGCGGUCAAGAAUACGUUUUCACCCGAGCU